AUGCACCAAUCCAACCAAAAGCAAUCGGAUCUAUUCUCCUUCUCAUACUGUCUGCUAAAAAAUACAAGAGCUACUAAGAGCAUGGCCAUGGCGACGUCCUCGAAGCCGGCCAAGACGACGACGCCGCACAUCCUGCUGCUCCCCUACCCGGCGCAGGGCCACGUGAACCCGUUCCUUCGUCUCGCCAAGGCCCUGCACGCGCGGGGGCUCCACGUCACCUUCGUCCACACGGAGCACAACCACGGCCGCCUCCUCCGCUCCCGCGGCCUCGGCGCUGUCACGGCCCCCGCCGACGGCUUCCGGUUCGAGACGAUCCCCGACGGGCUCCCCCGUUCCGACCACGACGCCACGCAGGACAUCUGGGCGCUGUGCGAGGCCACGCGCCGGGCGUGUCCUGGCCACCUCAGGGCGCUCGUCGAGAGGCUCGGGAGGACGGAGGGGGUCCCCCCGGUCACCUGCGUCGUCGCCGACGGCGCCAUGGGGUUCGCGGUGCACGCGGCCAAGGACAUGGGGCUGCCGGCGUACCUCUUCUUCACCCCCAGCGCCUGCGGCUUCCUGUGCUACCUCAACUUCGAUCAGCUUGUCAAGCGAGGAUACGUGCCAUUCAAAGAUGAGAGCUGCUUCACCAACGGGUACCUGGACACCCCGGUGGACUGGAUCACUGGCAUGAUCAGCAACCUCCGCCUACGUGACUUCCCGACGUUCAUCCGUACUACCAACGCUGACGAUGUGAUGCUAACCAUCAACAUCAAGCAAUGCGAGCUCGACGCCCCCGCCGCUGACGGUAUCCUCCUCAACACCUACGACGACCUCGAGCGCGCCGCGCUGGACGCAAUCCGCGAGCGCCUGCCCAACACCUUCGUCGUCGGGCCCCUCGGCCCGGAGGUCUCACCACCAUCGUACCUCCCCUCACUCACCUCGAGCUUGUGGAAGGAGGACGACCGGUGCGUCGAGUGGCUAGACGCGCAGGCGGCAGACGGUUCCGUGAUGUACGUCAACUUCGGGAGCAUCACCGUGGUGACGAGGGACCAGAUGGUGGAGUUCGCUCGAGGGCUAGCCGACGCUGGCAGCCCAUUCCUGUGGGUUGUCCGGCCUGACAUGGUGCGCGACGGCGGCAAUGAUGAUGGCAAGAUGCCGGUGCCGGAUGGGUUCGCAGAGGAGGUCGCGGGACGAGGGCUGAUGGUGGGGUGGUGCGACCAGGAGGCGGUGCUGGGCCACCGCGCGACCGGGGGUUUCCUGAGCCACUGUGGUUGGAACUCGACGUUGGAGAGCCUGUGCGCUGGCGUGCCGAUGUUGUGCUGGCCCUUCUUCUCAGAGCAGGUGACCAACUGCCGGUACGCGUGCGAGGAGUGGGGUGUGGGCGUCCAGAUGCCGCGCGAGGCCGGGCGGGGAGAGGUUGAGGCUGCCGUGAAGGAGCUGAUGGGCGACGGGGAUAAGGCAGUGGCAAUGAGGAGGAAGGCAGCGGAGUGGAAGGAGAAGGCCGUGAAGGCGGUCGUAGUGGUGGGGUCAUCACAACGGGACCUCGAAAGGUUCGUCGACGAAAUUGCGCGUGUCAAGGGCUAG